AUGUUCCUGAACCCUUUAAAGGCUGUUGGCGCCGUUCACCUCAUCGAUGCCCACAAGAAGACUCUUGAUCGCACGGUUCAAUUGCCCGAAGAUGCAGCUUCAAGAGGAGCGCAAGUGGUCCUUUUCCCCGAGUGUGCCUUGACGGCCUUCUUCCCACAUCACUUCAUCGCGUACAAGGCCCAAUUGAAGUCAGGAAAGGAAUUGGGAGUUGACAUCUGCAUUGGCUUUGCUGAGGCGUCUGACGCUGGCGAGCAUUACAAUACCUGCAUAUACUAUCGCACAAAGUCUGGGUCCAUGUUACCCCGAAGCUACGAAUCAGCUCGAGAAACGUUACUUCAAGCAGAGAGAUUAGGAUUUCAUGCAUUCCGUGCAAAAGCGUGGAAGGCUCUGGGACUACAAGGGGCCGAGAUGGUCUUCUGUGGAUACAAUACAACUGGUUUCGCCCCUUACCUUUGGGGAACAUCAAUUAAUCAAGAUCCGAAAGAGGCGGAGAAGAUGGCAUUAUCUCAUCAUAAGUUGGUGAUGCAGGCUCAUUCAUAUACUAAUGCUUGUUUCUUUGUCAGCGCUGCGAAGUCCGGACGGGACGACGGGAAUUACAAUCUAAUCGCUGGCUCAACCAUUAUUAGACCGCAUGGGAAGGUCAUCGCAGAGAGCAUGACGGAUGAAGACGGAAUUAUCAUUGGAGACUGCGACCUGGAUCGGUGCAGGCCCAGAAUCGUCCUCAACAUUACUUCGGUCUGUUUCCGGCCCUCCUUCACCAAAACCUACCGCACCCUUCUCUGCAAUCUAAACGCUACUGAACUCAUGACAGACGCGUGUCUAGGAAUGGUUCGGCCUACUAUACUCCCUAACGUCUUCGUGUACGGUUUCACUGCGCCCAAGCCCGCUCCAUCAUCCAUCGAAGGAAACUUCGAUAACAUCACGCUCGUCAUAGGAAUUAUGGAAGCUUCGCUGCUGGCUGCUCGUACCCUUGGAAUCGGGAGCUGCAAUCUCGACGUCCUAGAGCUCGAAUCGAGACCCGAGAAAGAGGUUCUCGGCAUCAUAUGCGAAGUGGGGAAGAAGUUGGUAGAUGGCGGAGCGGAUAUACUCACUCUCGGAUGCACCGGUAUGACGAAUAUGAAAGCUACUGUUGAGAAUGUUGUGAGGGAUGAGGUGCCGGUGGUUGAUGGCACGGCAAAGAAAGGGGCGUACGCAAGCUCCGCUGUUGGGAGGAAGAAGAGAAGCUGGGACUGGAUUUAGCUUGCACAGUAUGUUGACCCAUCCUAGGGUUCAUGGACUCAAGGUGGCAAGUGAGCUUCCUGGGACUUAGAAUUAUAGGAAUAUUCGUCUGGUGAUUAUGGCUUAGUACCAAGGCCUUUCCGCAUCGUAAACGGGUUAUACUGCCAUAGUAAAAUUGAACAGUGAGCUGAAGAUAGACGAUCGGAUAGAAGGGCUGGCUGACGAGGAAGAGAACGGUGGUAGAUUGGAAGAUCAGCAAGAUACGUUGGGAGGAGGUGAUAGAAAUAUGGAGGAAGAUGGCAGGGAGCUCGAAAGGGUAUGCAAAGGUUUGCGUUUUGGGCGAGAAUGAC